AUGGUUUUGCACACUACCCCCUUCCCCAGUAGCUUCCUGUCAUUCCUCAACUCCCUGUCUUGGGCAUUAAUUUUUCCUUGCUUCUGGCUUGGAGACCGUCUCCUAGCCUCUUUCCUGCCAACCACCUAUGAGAAACGUCAGCGGUCUGAUGAUCCCUGUUACUUCCAGGCACUUUGUAUUAUCAUCACUACCCCAAUAUACCUGGCCUUGCUCGUCUCCUCUCUCCCCUUUGCUUUUAUUGGAUUCCUGGUAUGGUCACCUAUCCAAGCUGUUCGUAGACCCUAUAUCUACUCUCGUCUACAAGACAAGGCCAGGGCCAGUGGAGAAAAGCUGCUAACGGAAUGGAGAGCCACAAGCAGCGCUAAGAGCUUUUGCUUUGGUUCUGCCAAUGUGUGCCUGCUGCCGGACUCACUGGCCAGGUUCACUAACCUCUUCAAUUCUCAGGCACGGGCCAAAGAAAUUGGGAGGAGAAUACGCAACGGCGCUAGCAGGCCUCAGAUCAAGAUUUAUAUAGACUCUCCAACCAACACAUCUAUCAGUGCUGCAAGCUUUAGUAGUCUAGUUUCCCCACAGGGAACAGAUGUCACCCACCGAGCAGUCAACAUGGGUAUGAAGAGAACUACAUCCAUGGAAUACAAAGUAGAAAAUUCUGGGGAGAACAGUGCUGAAGAGGGUGGGAAGAAUGGUGGGGAUAUGGGUGAAGGGGAAGAUGCAUGUAUUAUUCGAAUCGGUGGUGAGGACAGUGGUCAUAUAUGUGACACGGAUCCUGAUCCUAUGGGUGGACAUGUCAAUGUGGCCUGCUUGGCUGAAACAGAACCAGACUUUCAAAAAAGCCCAACCUCUAACCAUAAGCACAGGGAAGGGGAUGGUGGAAGUCUGGACAGCUGCACUACUUCCCGUGAAUCCCUAGUCAAGGGCAGAGUGGUAGAUGGAGCUACUGACCAAAGCAGCAUAAAUAACAAACUUCUGUACAAGGCAUCAAUCAUUAAAAAAGCUGCAGCCCGCAAAAAAAAGCAUACGGACGAUAUCCUUGACCAUGAAAUCUCUGCCUUCUUCCCAGCCAACCUGGACUUCCUCUGCCUUCAGGAAGUAUUCGACAAACGGGCUGCAGAGAAGUUGAAAGAACAGUUACACUAUUAUUUUGAGUAUAUUCUGUAUGACGUGGGGGUCUACAGUUGUCACGGCUGCUGCGGAUUUAAGUGUCUGAACAGUGGGCUCAUGUUUGCUAGCCGCUACCCCAUACUGGAUGCUACCUAUCACUGUUAUCCCAACGGGAGAGGAAGUGAUGCGCUGGCCUCCAAGGGAGCUCUGUUUAUUAAGGUGCAGGUGGGGACCACUCCUCAGGACCAAAGAAUUGUGGGAUAUAUCUCCUGCACUCACCUGCAUGCCCUGGCAGGCGACGCAAUGAUCCGAUGUGAGCAGCUCGACUCGCUCCUGGAGUGGAUGUCAGAAUUCCGAAAAUCUACCUCCUCCUCUAGUGCCGCAAACCCGGAGGAGCUGGUGGCCUUUGAUGUAAUCUGUGGGGACCUCAACUUUGACAACUGCUCAUCAGAAGAUAAGCUGGAGCAGCAGCAUACCCUGUUUACACAUUAUAAGGAUCCAUGCAGGCUGGGCCCUGGAGAAGAGAAGCCCUGGGCAAUAGGAACACUGCUGGAUCCUCAAGGUCUCUAUGAUGAGGAGGUGUGCACUCCUGACAAUUUACAGAAAGUCCUAGAAAAUGAAGAAGGCAGGAAGGAAUAUCUGGUAUAUCCCACCAGCAAGAACCAUUGUCCCAACCAUAAAGCAAGGAAGGUUCCACUGAAGGGGAGUGGGCGCAGAAUUGAUUAUAUGCUAUAUGCUGAAGAGGGACUCAAUAUGGAAUGGAAAGUGGACAUUGAAGAAUACAGUUUUAUUACACAACUAGCUGGACUUACAGACCAUGUGCCAGUAGCAAUGCGAGUGACUGUUUCUACCGGGGAAGAGGAGUCUUAAGCGGGACUGUGGACUCUGCCAGUAUUAGUGGGGCAAGUACAUACAGUAUGGCCUAGGGGGUUCCUCCAAGCCCCAGAAUCUGGAGCAGGGAGAUUUCUCCAGCAUCCUAAUUGGAGCCACUGGAGUCCUCCACCAUUUGGACUGCGUGAAGGAAGUGGACAGGAAGAGAGUUCAGAGGCUUCCUCACUGGUGCUACUGGGUACCAGAGCAGAUCCUGCAGGCGGCCAGCCACACUCUCUGGUUAUCAGAAUGAGAAGAACUAGAACAGAUCCAGUGCCAUUCUUACCAAGAUG